GAGUAAUACUGAAUGUUAUGCUGGUGUUGACAUAAUUGAUUUUAUAUUGCCUCUCCUUUCAGAUUCAUCCUUAGAGACGGCUAGGAGCCUCUUGCCAAUUUUAGUCAGUCCUUCUACACAUGAGAAUGAGUUGGACAUCCACAGUCAAAACACAGAGUCCAUUCACCUCUCAGAGGACAUUGAAACAAUCAUAACUAGUCCAUGGGUAACUUGGUUUGUUCCUUCAGUCCACAUUAUUGUUGUUAUGUUCAGUCUUCCUUUAAACAUUAUGGCAAUCCUCGUGUUUGUGGUCAAAAUAAGGCUUAAGAAGCCAGCUACAGUGUACAUGCUCAACCUGGCUUUUGCCGACGUCCUCUUUGUGUCUGUGCUUCCUUUUAAGAUCAUCUACCACUUUUCUGGAAACAAUUGGACAUUUGGACCGGAAAUGUGUCGUUUCAUCACGUCUGCCUUUCACUGCAACAUGUACUGCUCCAUCCUGCUGAUGGUGACCAUAAGCGUUGACCGUUUCAUGGCAGUGGUGUAUCCAAUGCAGUCUCUAUCAUGGCGCACACCAAGACGGGCUGCUUUGAUCUGUUUUGCCAUCUGGAUUAUAGCCAUAGCUGGAGUGAUUCCUCUGCUUCUCAAGGAGCAAACAGAAAGAUUCCCUCGCUUAAACAUUACCACCUGUCUUGACUCACUAGCUGUCUCUACAGUUAAGACAUUUUAUCGUUACUUUUCUGUAGUGUCUAUUUUGUUCUUUUAUAUACCAUUACUAAUUUCUGGUACCUGUUAUGUGUGCAUUAUAAAGAAACUUUCUUCAUCCAAUGUUGCUACAAAGCCAGGUAAAAAGAAGCGUGCCAUUCUCCUGUCUGUAGCUGUCUUGUCCUCUUUUAUUAUUUGUUUUGGUCCAACAAAUGUCACGUUUAUGCUGCAAAUCUUCAGCCUUUUGCCUGAACAGCAGGUUGCAAAUCUCUUGUUUGCAUGCACGCUUGCCACUUGUAUCACUUCCAUAAGCUGUUGCAUUGACCCCUUGAUUUAUUAUUAUGCCUCUUCAGAGUGUCAAAGGCAGGUCUGGCGUCUCCUUUGCUAUAGAAAGCAUUCUGAUCUGGAAAGGAGCAUUCAGUUUUCAAGCAGUAAUAUGGAAACCUCAUGAAUAUAGCUUUUAAUCAUUUGCCCAGAGCACGGGUCGGCAAACUACGGCCCGGGUGCCGGAUGCGGCCCCCCAGGCUCGCAAAUCCAGCCCGUGGACUCUGCCACCACUCAAUCAGUCCCUGCGCACUGCGGACGCCUCGCCGCACAGGGACUGACUUCCGUGGUGCUGGCACGGCUUCUGGGUGGGCGACGAUGCUGGUGCGGCUUCGGAUUGGCCACAGGAAGCUCCUGCAGCCGAUCCGAAGCUGUGACGUUUGGAUUUGCAUGCAGG